AUGAUCGCUCCGAGCCAUAUCGUUGCAGCCAGAAACGAUCCACAGGUUCAAGCCGUGUUUAUGGACUUGCUCAAGCGCUCCAUCAUGGUCAAGAACAAUGGUGCUGCUAUUUGGUCUCGCUACGAGAGGCUCAUUCGCGAGAAGAAGCACCUGGAAGGUGGAGUUGGACCACAUGAACAGGGGCGACUGGAGCCCUCUUUUCCCUUCGCCAUCCUCCGACUCUGGACAGACAGGGAGCACUUCUCUUUGGACGUCAGGACCAGAAUCCGCGGUGUAGAUCACUGGAACUUGACGUACGAGAUGACCAACCCCAAACUCGAUCGACCCAGAGGUUUCGACGGGAAUGGACACCCUGUCUUUGCCUCUUGCAUCUGGUCUAUUGACGACAUUGCGUAUGUUCGUCGAUAUAUCUUCGUGUUGCUCACUUAUUUCCUUGAGCAAUACGACAGGAUCAAAGAGGAUCGUCCUGCAGAUCAUUGGGGCGACACGCUUCGUUUGAUCGAUCAGCUUGUUCAGCGCAAUUUCGAAAAGAUUGGUGAAUAUGGACUGGAGCUCAGUCACCACUUCGAUUUCUUUGCCAAUCAAUACGAGAUCGAGGCUCUUCGCCACGUAUACGUGGCUCUUGUGUGCCCCGACGACUUGGCCGAGCAGGAGAGGGUUCGCCCAUACUUCAUCUGCCACACCACGAUCGCUCGUCGCGAGAUUUGGAGAAGGGCAUAUGGCACUGCAUACGAGCGAAAACGCCAGAAGCUCUUCAAGGGUUUGGAGUUCCCCAUCAUCAACAACUACAGACCACACCCCUACAGACUUGUCCAUCCAUUCCAAAAUGUCUGCCUUGAUUCAGAUAGAGUCUCAAGAGAUUUCCCGCACGACAGAGAUUUCACAAAGCUCGAAACCUUCCUCACUGGACAAGCAACCGUGGUUCCCGAGACCUCCCGUUCCGCCGAACCCAUCAUCGAGGUCACACUCACGCACAGCGUCUCACCCGGCUUGGCUGACCCAGCUCCAGAUAGCGAUCAAGUCGCCGAUGCGAUGGAUUUCGAUGACUCUCCCGAUCUUGCCAACCAGGAGCCCCCCAGCAACGCAGCCGAAGCAAUUGGCUUGCCGGCCCCCGUCGGCUCUGCCGGAUCGAUCGAGACUUCCAACCAGCCCGAUGGAUCGUCUCAUCUCGGCAGCACUGUGGAAGCACCCAUUCCUUCCAACGACGAUCUGAUCGUUGAGGAGCCAGGCAGCCUCGACAACAACGGAGCCGCUGAUCCCGAGACCAUGGAGGAGGUCACCGAGGAUGGCGAUACCACCUUUGUUGAGGAACCCGUCGUUGUCGAUCAGCUGCCCACGACGAGCUCUACCCUGACUCGCAAGAGGAAGGCCGAUCAGCUCGAUGCGGGUAACGAUGGUGAAACGAUGAUGGAACGAGUCAUCCAUCAUGUGUGCGCUGUAUCGAUGCCCAUGGACAAGGUCAAUGCUGUCCUUGACCAUGCUUCCAAGUUGGAGCUCGCCAAGUUGGAAGCAAUGAAUCGAUCCGCUGAACGAAAGGCAAAGAUGAAAAUCGAAGCCGAUGAGCGCCUCACGGGGCGCUUUCUCAGUAGCAUCGUCAAGACUGCCGCGGAAGGAAAACCAUUGAUUCCUGAGAGCAUGGUGACCCUGAUCUUCAGAGAAAUCAAAUCGACCUUGGGCACCGCUCCUGAACCCACGGCCCCUGUCACCCCGGCCACGCCAGCAACCACGGCUCCUCCGGCUCCGGUUCAGAAAGCGACUCCCCCAGCUCAACCCGUCAUCGAGGAGCAACCUGACGAGUCUUGGUCAUUCCAGGCGCUCGACGUCGCUGCACUCAAGCACGCCUUCACCCAGCCCAUCGACACCAGCCCCGGCAACUUCAAGUCGGUGAAGCAGCUCAUCGAGGGCAACAGCGAGAUCAACGCAUUCUUCCAGUCGAUUCGUCCCGAAUCCAGGAAGGCGCGUAUCUUUCGUGCCGCGGAAGAAAUCGUCGUUCAUUGGUUCGAUGAAGUUGCUGCGAAGGAGUUCAUUGGGGGAAACUCGAUCGAAAAUUGGAGCUCGAUGGCUAUUUCCGAUUCUGGUGAAUCCACGAGAAUGUACUUUCAUGAUUUGCACACCUUUGUUAUUGUUAUCUUGAAAUUGUUUGUUUUCAAGCGAGACCCCAGUGGGCAGGUCGUGCGAUUGUUUCCCGUCCUGAUCCUCAAGCUGGAUCCCGCCUCUCUUGCCGACCGACUCUCCUCUCUGUCCCUGGAGCCUGCCCCUGCCAUGAGCAACCCCCGCCCACUUCCGGAAGCCUUCCUCAAGACCUUCCGUGCCCCAGUGUUUACUGGGAAGAGCCGCUCCUCCUCGGUGGAGGACUGGCUGCAGCAACUCGAGGACUACCUCGAUGCUGCCCAAGUCGCCCCCACCCACCACAUCGUCGCCGCCAAGCUCUGCUUAAAGGACCAGGCGUACCGUUGGUACCGCCGCCAAGGGUUCGACGAGCAGAGCGAAGGUGUGUUUGACGACUUCAAGGACCGCCUCCGUCGCCGCUUCGGCAGCCCCAAUGCUGAACUCAUUGCCCGUGACAAGCUAUACUCUCUCGUGCAGCGUGGUUCUGUGACCCGCUACAUCGAGGAGUUUGAAGACCUCUCCUCCCAGAUUGAGGAGCUGGGCUCUGCUGAUGCGAUGUACCUCUUCCAGAAGGGCCUCAAGCCCAAGAUCAGAGAGUACAUCGCCAGCAACCCUGAUGCCCGCAAGUCCCUGGACGUGAUGAUGGACGUUGCCGAGAACCUCGACAACGUCCAGUACCAUGGCCGCCAGUUCUACCCGCAGCUGGCAGGCGGCCAUCGGUCUCAUCACGUCCCAGCCCGUCCGCCUCGCCCGGCCCCGCCCGCAAGACCCAUGCCUGAGCCCAUGGACGUUGACGUCAACGCCAUGGAGGCUCGUGGCCCUCCCCGCUCCCGGUUCCAGCAAGCUGCCACUGUCUCCCCCAAGGACAGACAGAAGCAGGAGGACCUCCGCCAUGGUUCCUGCUUCUUCUGUCACCGACCGGGACACCAGGCCAAGGAGUGCCCCAUGAAGUCGGGAAACGGCCGACCCUACUAG